GACCGUGAUUCAAUUAGGACAGCUGAUCGUUCUGCCGCGCUCUCUCGCCCGGAGCGCGCAACAUCGCCGGAGAGCGCGAAAAUGGCCGGCGCCCCGCCUUCUGAUUCGUCUUCGCUCUCAGGUUCUGCAAGGCAAGAUAAGAGUCAGAAAUGGCGGGUGUCGCUGUCGGAUGUCGCAUAUCACUUUGGCACCAGUGGGCUAUCCGUUGGGGUCGCCACUGGGGUGACCCACCCCUUAGAUGUGCUCAAAGUAAGGCUACAAAUGCAACUUGUUGGCCAGAGAGGUCAGCUGACUGGAAUGAGUCAAGUAUUCAUUCAACUGGUGAAGAAUGAAGGGCCAUGUUCAUUGUAUUCUGGAAUGACGCCUGCGCUAACACGAUCACUUCUUUAUGGGGGCCUCCGCUUGGGCUUGUAUGAACCCUCUAAAUAUGUCUGUGAUCAGGCAUUUGGGUCCUCCAAUAUUUUUAUUAAAAUAGCAUCUGGAGCAUUUUCAGGUGCUAUUGCGACAGCUAUGACCAACCCUGUCGAAGUCAUAAAGGUGCGGUUACAAAUGAAUCUGGGUUUGACAAAAGCAGGGCCAGUUGGAGAAAUGCGCAAGAUCAUGUCUGAAGAGGGAGUAAAAGCUCUCUGGAAAGGGGUUGGCCCUGCUAUGGCUAGAGCUGCUGCUUUGACUGCAUCACAGCUGGCAACUUAUGACGAAUCCAAGCAGAUUUUGAGGAGAUUGACACCUCUAGAGGAAGGAUUUAAUCUACAUCUGAGCUCAAGUGUAGUUGCAGGCAUGGUGAGUACCCUCAUGACAGCACCAAUGGACAUGGUUAAGACCCGUCUCAUGUUGCAACGAGAAUCUGAGACCGCAGGGAGAUACAAAAAUGGAUUUCAUUGUGCAUAUCAGGUCAUUCGUACCGAAGGCUUUAGGGCUUUAUACAAAGGGGGAUUUGCAAUUUUUGCGAGAUUAGGUCCCCAAACCACAAUUACCUUUGUACUUUGUGAGAAGCUGAGGGAGGUCACUGGACUAAAGGCACUUUAAUCGCGCAAUAGCCUACAUCAAAGGAAUGCCACCCUUGACUGUAUUACAAAUAUGUAGCCACUGCUGACUAGCUGCCAUAUUCCCAAAAUAAGAUGGCGAAAGAUGAUUUUUUUCAAGAAUUUUUUCCUCCUCUUAUUCUGGAGAGGGGACAUUAGUUCAUUUUUUUUGGGAGUCAGAAUCAACUGGGUUCCCAAUCAGAAUGGCAUACAUCUCAGACUAUAUAGUUGUUGAUCAAGGUCCAUAUAUUUGAUCAUGCCCCUUCAUUCCUCUCGCUAAUUUUUUGUAGUCUCAGAGGGAGAGGGCCAUCAAUUGUACUUUGUGCCAACAUCCGCUCGAACACAAUAUGUAAUAUUUUUCUUUGGCACCUUUGUGACUACUGUGUACUACUUGAUAUCUGAAUAAUGUCAAUGGCGAAUCACAUUAUGUUUGCGAA